GACAAACCCAUACAUAACUGAAACAUAGCAAAACCUUAUCUGGAAUUAGCACUUUCUCUCUUACUUUUAUAGCAACCAAAGCUUUCAUUAUACCCUGACUCCGGGCCAAAUAAAUAUUUCAGAGCCAUCUCUCUCUCUCUCUCUCUCAAGAAUCUAGGGUUUGAAACAGUGAAUCUUUCCCCAUCGGUUUUCUGGAGACGAUGUGAGAUUUCUUGAUACUAGUAGGAAAAAAGUAGCUUAUUAAUCUUCUGUUAGCAUGGCUACGGAAAGUCCUAUUAGAAUGUCAGAAACUAGUGGAAAAUGGCCCUCCCAUCAGGACGGUGCAACAUUUGCGGCAGAGGAAUUGGGAUUGCUUCUGAAGGGCCAUAAAUUUCAUGGCAGGGGGAGGGAUGUGGUCCCUAAUCGAAGUGGAAGUGCACCCCCAAGCAUGGAAGGCUCGUUCUUGUCCAUGGAUAACAUUUUGUCUCAGCAGCCUUUUAACUCAAAUGCAAGCUUGGCAAGUCUAAACAGUGCUAUGCAGAACUACGAGUCUGAGGAACAACUGCGAGCCGAUCCAGCUUAUUUGUCUUAUUAUUUAUCCAAUAUCAACCUAAACCCUAGGCUUCCUCUCCCACUUAUCUCGUCUGAGAAUCGCCGAGUGGUACGCCAUAUUGGUAGUUUUGGCAACAACUGGCCAUCGACUUCUGUGGAUGUUAGCAGCAAUGGUUCUUUGCAUAGGUCUCGUGGAACCCUUUCUACGCAAUAUGAAGAGUCUGAAGAUGAUCAGUCACCUCAAAAGCCUCCUGAUGAUUGGGUAGAUGAAACGGGUGGGUUUUGGUCUGGGCAGGAGGUGGCUUCAUCAUCAUUUCAACACAGACAUGUGGUGGAUUCAGUACAGGAAGAUUCUCCCCACAUUCAAUCAUCUGAAUAUAGUCAUUCUAACUUGUUAAGCCAUGGAGUGUCAGAGGAAGCAUUUGAUCACGAUGCUAACUCCCGUUCCUUGUGUGAUCCCAUUAUCAGCACAUCAAAUGGUGUCACAUCCACCUUUGGUGCAGAUGAUAGAAGGACACUAUCAAGUUCUGAUCCUUUGGGUGGCCCCGUUUCAAGCUCGUCUUCUCAUGAUCUUACAGGAAAUAGGGAUGUAAAUGAUUUGGGCGUUACCACCAUUGAAUCUGAUUUGAAGGCUCUUAAUAUAUCUAAUCUUCCAAGUUCAGACAAUCGAAAAAAUCAAGAACAUUGGCAACGUAGCAGUCAGAAUAAUUUGUUGCUACAUCAGGUACACCAACAACAAAGCAAUUUAUCUCAAUUUCAAACUGCGAAGUCUCAAGUGAUAUCUCAAGGUGUGAACAGCACAUACAUUGGUGUGGAUCGGUUUCUCCAUAAUACCAGCAAGUUUACGGCAGAGGUACAACCAGUACUACAGUCAUCGGGGUUCACUCCACCGUUUGCUACUGGUGCAGCCUACAUGACUUCAGCAAAUUCUUUAUACCCUAAUUUGCAGGCCCCAGGCUUAUAUUCCCAACAAUAUGUAGGUGGAUAUACUUUGAAUCCCACAGUUGUUCCUCCAUAUAUUGCUGGGUAUCCUCCCCAUGGUUCUGUUCCUGUUGUUGUUGAUGGAACUGCUGGUCCAAGCUAUACUGCCCAAACUUCUGGGGUUUCAACUGGGGGAAACAUAGCUCACGGAGCUGAUAUGCAGCACUUAAAUAAGUUCUAUGGGCAACUUGGUUUUCCACUACAACCUUCUUUUGGUGAUCCUGUAUAUAUGCAAUAUCAUCAUCCACCUUAUGGUGACGUAUAUGGUAUUUCUGGUCAAUUUGAUCCAUUGGUUUCUAGAGGUGGUGUUGAUAUUGGGGGCCAGGCCAGAGCUCUUGAUUCGCAGAAGGGACCCAACAUUGCUGUUUAUUUGGAUGACCACAAAUUCCAUCAGACAAAUGGAGGGCUGAAUAAUAUGAACCUAAGAAGAGGGGGGCCUAUGAGUUCUAAUUAUUAUGGAAGCCCGCCAAACAUGGGUUUUCUGAUGCAGUACCCGAACUCACCACUCGCUAGUCCAGUUUUACCGGCGUCGCCUGUUGGUGGGACUGGUGUUCCUGGGGGCAGAAAUGAAAUGAGAUUUGCUCCAAGCUCUGGUAGAAAUGCUGGUAUAUAUCCAGGGUGGCAAGGUCCAAGAGGGUUUGAGAGUUUUGAUGACCCUAAAAUAUAUAAUUUUCUUGAAGAGUUAAAAUCAGGCAAAGGUCGUAGAUUUGAGCUGUCUGAUAUUGUAGGACAUAUUGUUGAAUUUAGUGCUGAUCAACAUGGGAGUCGGUUUAUUCAGCAGAAGUUGGAAAAUUGUAGUGUUGAAGAGAAGGUCUCUGUAUUUAAAGAAGUUCUCCCUCAGGCUUCCAAACUAAUGACUGAUGUUUUUGGCAACUAUGUUAUUCAGAAGUUUUUUGAGUAUGGAAGCCCCGAGCAGAGGAAGGAACUUGCUUAUCAACUCACAGGUCAGGUUUUACCUUUAAGCCUGCAGAUGUAUGGCUGUCGUGUAAUUCAAAAGGCACUCGAUGUCAUUGAUCUUGAACAGAAAGCACACCUUGUUCGAGAGCUGGAUGGUCAUGUUAUGCGAUGUGUUCGUGAUCAAAAUGGAAAUCAUGUAAUACAAAAGUGCAUUGAGAGCAUUCCAACAGGGAAAAUAGAGUUUAUCAUAUCUGCUUUUUGUGGGCAAGUUACGACACUUUCUAUGCAUCCUUAUGGUUGCCGUGUCAUACAGAGAGUUCUAGAGCAUUGUACAGAUGAGCUUCAAUGUCAGUUUAUAGUUGAUGAAAUCUUGGAGUCUGUUUGUACUCUUGCUCAGGAUCAGUAUGGAAAUUAUGUUACCCAGCAUGUACUGGAGAGGGGAAAGCCUCAUGAAAGGAGUCAGAUUAUAAGCAAGUUGUCAGGACAUGUUGUACAACUUAGCCAGCAUAAAUUUGCUUCAAAUGUUGUCGAGAAAUGCUUGGAGUAUGGUGGCUCUACUGAGCGGGAACUAUUAAUUGGAGAGAUUUUCGGGCAUAAUGGAGGAACUGAUAAUUUAUUGACAAUGAUGAAGGACCAAUUUGCAAAUUACGUGGUUCAGAAGAUUCUUGAAAUAUGUUCUGAUAAUCAGCGGGCAAUGUUGCUUGGUCGUGUUAGAGUUCAUGCUCAUGCUUUGAAGAAAUACACUUACGGAAAACACAUUGUUGCUCGAUUUGAACAGCUAUUUGGAGAAGAAACUCCUACAUCUGGAUCCUGAUGCCAAAUGUGUUGAAUCAUCCAGUAUUGGCAUGUAUGUAUUUCUCGCUUCAGUGGAAAGAAAGGAACAUGAUUAGAUAUGUAUAUGCUUCUCAAAAAGGCCGUACCAUGGUUACAUUUAUGCAAUUUGGUAAUUUCCACCCAAGGAAGCUGCAACUAGUUCAAUCAUUGGAAAAAUGGUCGAUGUUGUAAACAAUGUAAAGCAAGCGACAGAAUAAUGUGUACAUUUUCAAACGGUAUGUUUUUAUGUUAUUACUGCAGGGUGAUUGGUUUAGAUUGCAAUUCAAAGGGUAAUUAUUUGGAAGGAAAAUCCUGGGCUGUAAAGUUAUUUACUGGAUUUUCCAUGCAGUGUGUGGCUUUCAA